AUGUGCACCAAGGACACGUUCUACGUUCCAGAAAAGCCUUGUGAUGAGUGCUGCAAUCCAAAAUGUCCGCGUUGCGAGGAGACUGCCAAGACGCCACAAGUGCUCUGCGAAUCGCGUUAUCGACGAUGCCGCAAAGAUGCACCGUGUGAGCCAAUGACACGUCCAUGCAGCCCCUGUCGACCCUGUUGCAAUCCUACGCCUGCUCCCGACCCUGUUCCGCCCUAUGGACCCAAAUGUCCCCUGAAUCAGUGCGGAACCUGCAUAGACAUUGAGCGUGAUUCACAGGAUCCGGACCGGGUCACGUGUCUCACUCUUGGAGAUCAAUACGAGGACAGGAUCUUUUUCCCACCUCUCAGGCACAGAGGGCAUCUAAUCUCCACCAUGUCAUCCGCCGUCAGUCAACAAUGUAACAACUUCAAUGUCUGCCAUGGUUCGAGUGCCUUUCCUUGCAUGAAACCGAUAUGUAGAAAGCCCUGCUAUUCGGUGGAUACGAAACCUCUGAAAUGUAUAACAUGUCACAAGGUGGAGACCUGUCCAGAUCCAGUUGGACCGGGGGGAACAAAGGGUAAUACUCUGACCCCUAAUUCUCCUCACGACUCCAAAGAUCCCUUUGAUCCAUGCACUGAUUGCGGUGUACAGCGAUCUUGCAGACGCGGGACGCACUCAAGUGAAGUCUUCCAGUUCACCAAUAACAGCGCCAAGAUGUCUUGCUCUCGACCCUGUAAAAAGCUCUGCUGCCAAAAGAAAUGCAACACACCUCUCGGCUCUGAUGACGUCAACUUAGGCAUCACCUUUGACAAAUCAUUCAAUCGGUACAAUGUCAAAUUGAAUGGUUGUGAGGCUGGUUCCUGUGCUUCCAAGCUGUCCAGUGAUCAGCCACGAGCUUGCACUUGUGGACCCUGCGUCACCCUAUGCCCACCUACCUGCCCUCAACCACAAUGUCUUACUCAAUGUCCACCUAAGUGUCAAACCAAGUGCCCAACUCAGCAGUGCCCAUCACCCACCUGUUGCAUGGCUAAAUGCAGUCUGCCUACCUGUCCGCUGCGCCCAAAUCCCUGCGAUACCUGCAGUAAUAAACCACGCUACAAUAGGUGGUAG